AUGAGUGAUGUGUGGCUACUAUUCAGUGAUUCUGUUAUGUUUGGUGUGAAUAAUGAGAAGACGUCGCCGGCUUUCGAUAUACACUACAUAUAUCUAACUCUAAGUCUGGAACUGAACUCUUUUAUCAAGCAUUUCGAGCCAUUAUAUUACGACAACCAUAAGCUCCGGAACCAACACUCGAGAGUUAAACGCAAUCUGAAUAGCAAUACAAACGGCUCAUCCCAUUCCCGACACCACACGCCGGCCCCCAAUGGCAGACAUAAUCCUCACAACGAGAUUAGACUCAACUUCUCGGCACACAAUCGUCUCUUUCGUCUUGUGAUGAGAACUGAUAACUCAUUGUUCACUUCGGAUGUCGUGUUUGAGUCCACGAAUGGGGCCUUCAAUUACGACAUCAAUAAUGCCAUUAAAGGCUAUUUAGAAGAUGACGAGCGCUCAUACGUAGAGGGAGUGAUCACAUCGGACGGGCUGAUCGACGGCCACAUCCAGACGCCAAAUGAGGAGUAUUUCAUUGAACCCGCGAAUCGCUACUUUGAUUCACAAGACUUUCACUCAAUUAUAUACCUCUUAUCGGCGGUAAUGUUUCCGACGAUCAACGAAAACGUUUGCCAUUACUUGCGGAGCCAUAACGUCAGCGACGAUAAUAGUGGCGAGAGUUCAUCAUUGGAUGGCAGGCACACCAUGUGCUGCACUAAUUGUUCCCAUUCUCACCACAGUCCUGAUCAAAGGGUUGGCGAUCACCAUGAUUAUAUUUCAUCGACCGGUGCCCCACUCAGGCCUCUCAAUGCUGCUGAUGGCCACGACAACGACAGCCAUCCAUACCAUGACUACAGCGAUGACUAUAGUUAUGGACACAUCAUGAGGAACAGUAGUCGUGGCAGCAGUGCUGAUGAACAGCCUAUCGAUUAUUUGUUCAGUCAAUUAGUCAGUAAUUCAUUGAAUAAGAAAAAUAAGAGCAAAACAAAUAAGAGAUUCCAUGCGAUGGAUGACAGCAUCAGAGAUGACACGAGCAGCGGAGGAAUGGGAGGAAUGGGAGGAAUGGGAGGAAUGGGUGGCAAAAGGCGAACAAAACGAGACGACAAUAAAACGAGUGGACAGCCGGCUGACGACAGCUAUUAUCAUAAAAAACGUAAUAACGAGGGAAAGACAUAUUACUGGAGAGACGCCGAUUCGUUGCACUACACAGAGUCGGAACCAUAUGGCGUGAGGGCUGUCCAUAGGACUCACUGGACGGAUGACAGGCACGACAGGCAUGUGGUGAUCGAUCCCAAGAAGACCACAUGCAUGCUAUACCUUCAGGCCGACCAUCUUUUCUACGAGAAAAUGGGUUCAGACGAGGCCUGCAUUGAGGCCAUGACCCGACACGUCCAGAAAGUCAACAGCAUUUACAGGAACACCGCCAUUAUUUGCUUCAACUCGAGAGCCAAACUUCUCGCCCAAAGACUAGUCGCCAAAAGUUCAUUGCAAUCGAUUCGUUGA